UGGCGGGCGCGGAAUUUCCGCGUCCCCCCGGUGCGGCCCAGCCGCGUGCUGCAGGAGGGGGAUGUGAUCAGCCUCGGAGACCGACAGCUUACUGUCAUGCACAUGCCGGGCCAUUCGAGGGGCAGCAUUUGCUUACAUGACAAAGACAGGAAGAUUUUGUUCAGCGGAGAUGUGGUAUAUGAUGGGUCCAUGAUUGACUGGCUUCCCUACAGCAGAGUAGGUGACUAUGUCGCAAGCUGCCGGCGCCUCAUGGACUUGGUGGACAGAGGUCUCGUGGAGAAGGUACUGCCUGGGCACUUCAACAUAUUUGGGGCAGAAAGGCUGUAUUGGUUAGCUUCCAACUACGUUUCACAAGCUGGAAUUUGUCACAAGGUUUCUACCUGUGCCAUGAGAUCCAUGGCAAGCAUAGCUCUUCGCAUUACAAAUUCAAGAGUCGCUUCUUAG